AACCUUGUUAUACAAUUGUGCCAAUAGAAUAUGGUUUUUGCAAAAAUGACAUUUUUUGUACUAUGGAGUGCGAAUCUACACGAAACGAGUAUCCUAACCUAUUGUGACCCAGUUACUGGGUAGUAAAAAAUAAAUAGAUAUAGCUGAAUUACUUACGUUAUUAUAAUAAACAGCCUAAAUAAAAUAUAUAUUCUUUAACAAUGGCUGUAAGCACCAGAAAUGUACCAAAAUUACUUGUACAGGCUCUUCAAGUCCUACCAAGGACAAGUUCAAGAUGUUUUUCUUCCGGAAUAGCUGAACGGCCCGACGCCAGAACAACAUGUACAUUAAUACCAGGAGAUGGUGUUGGCCCAGAACUCAUGUAUUCAGUUACAGAAGUCUUCAAAGCGGCUGGAAUACCUGUAGAUUUUGAAACGUAUUUCUUUUCAGAAGUAAAUCCCACUCUUAGUGCUCCAAUAGAAAAAGUUACUGAAAGUAUUUCUAGGAACAGGGUUUGUCUAAAAGGAAUAUUGGCCACCCCCGAUUACAGUCAUACAGGUGAAUUGCAGACACUCAACAUGAAACUUAGGAAUGCUCUGGACCUCUAUGCCAAUGUAGUCCACGUUAAAUCUCUACCAGGUGUAAAAUCAAGACACAGCAAUAUCGACUGCGUUAUUAUUAGAGAACAAACUGAAGGAGAAUAUUCUGCUUUAGAACACGAGGGAGUCAAAGGGGUUGUUGAAUGUCUUAAAAUUGUUACCGCUAUAAAAUCUCAAAGAAUAGCCAAGUUUGCUUUUGAUUAUGCUACUAAAAACAACAGAAAGAAGGUAACCGCUGUACACAAGGCUAAUAUUAUGAAAUUGGGAGACGGUUUGUUCUUAAAAAGCUGCGAAGAGAUGGCCAAGUUGUAUCCGAAAAUUGAAUUUGAAAAAAUGAUCGUAGAUAAUUGUACCAUGCAGAUGGUAUCGAAUCCGCAACAAUUUGACGUUAUGGUUACUCCUAAUCUUUACGGUAACAUCGUGGAUAAUUUGGCGUCUGGUUUAGUUGGAGGUGCUGGCGUCGUUGCUGGAGCAUCGUACUCCGCUAACUGUGUUGUCUUCGAACCGGGUGCGCGUCACACUUAUUCAGAAGCUGUAGGUAAGAAUGUCGCUAAUCCCACAGCGAUGUUAUUGUGCGCUUCUAAAAUGCUCAGACACGUCAAUCUACCAGUUUACGGAGAAAUGAUUAGGAAUGCCAUUGAAAAAGUUUUAAAGGAUGGUAAAGUGAAGACAAAAGACGUCGGAGGACAAUCCACAACUCAACAGUUCACCUAUGCAGUUAUUAGUAAUCUAGAAAUACCCAAAACUGCUUGAAGAGUCCUAACAUCCUUAGAAAUAAUAUUUAAUCAUUAUAGAUAGGUAUAUAUCAAUUUUAUAUUGUGAUGGUGAUGAAAUGUAAUAACUGUCACUAAGUUUCAAUUAAUAAAUGAAAUUGAAACUUUUGAUUUUGAUCUUUUAUUCUUCUAUUAUGGUUAAAUAAAUAUAUCUAGUCGAAACUCUCAAUAGCCAUUAGAUGACUUCGAAAUAAGUAUUAUAUUUAUUUUUCAAUUGUACAUUUUUGUUGUGAGAUUUUAAAUUAUUAAAAUAAAAAUGUUAAAACUAA